AUGGUCAAGUCCUUCGCGACAUCCGCCGCUCUGCUCGUCGCGGCCGCAACCGCCGCGUCCGUGCCCGACGGCACCUGGCCCACCAGCACCGGGUCGGUCCACUUCUCCGAGGCUCACAUCGUCAAGGCCGGCGAGGUGUUCGACGGCAAGAUGCAGACGUACGAGCGCUCCGACGUCUCGUGCGAGGGCCAGACCGAGAGCGGCGCCGACACGGCCGUGUUCAAGAUGGAGCCCGGCGCCACGCUCAAGAACGUCAUCAUCGGCAAGAACCAAAUGGAGGGCGUCCACUGCGAUAAGCACGACUGCACCAUCGAGAACGUCUGGUGGGACGACGUGUGUGAGGACGCGCUGAGUGUCAAGGGCGGUACCGCCUCCAGUGUCACGACCGUCACGGGCGGCGGCGCUCGCUCGGCCGACGACAAGGUCAUCCAGCACAACGGCUACGGCACCGUCAAGAUCGACGGCUUCUACGGCGAGGACAUCAGCAAGCUCUACCGCUCGUGCGGCACGUGCGGCGACAAGCAGCGCAAGGUGGACGUGUCGAACGUCUACGUCGUGAACCCGGGCAACGCCGUCGUGACGGUCAACAAGAACUGGAACGACGAGGCCACGCUCAGCAACGUCUGGGUCAAGUCCAGCGGCGACAAGGUCAAGAUCUGCCAGUGGUCGCAGGGAAACGCCGACGGCGAGCCGUCGAUGCUGGGCGACGGUCCGUCACCGCCUCUGUGUCAGUACUCAGAGAGCGACAUCCACCUCAACGGAGACGUCUCCCAGGCUACAGGAACCUCCAACUCGUCCUCGUCCGCCCCCAACAAUACGACGCAGUCUUCCUCCACGGGGUCGUCUUCAACCGCUGCGCAGACGGCUUCGACCACCUCGUCACAGGAGUCGGCGUCGUCACAGGCCGCCACGAACUCGACGACCGGCGCGUCGGAGGCUUCCGGCCCAGGCACGGUCGCGCCAGCCAACAGUGGCAGUGCCGAGCAGACGCAGGGCAGCUCCGAGUCGAGUCAGACUGAGCAGCAGCAGUCGAACGAGGAGUCCACGGAAGACCCCACGCAGCAGACGCAGCAGACGCAGCAGUCGAGCGCUUCCGCCUCCAGCAAGAAGAGCGACAACGACAGCGACGACGCCAAGAACGAAGAGCAAACGAUCACUGCCGGUGGCAGCAGCACGACCUCGGGCGCGAGCACCACGUCCAGCGGCAGAUCGACCUCCACUGACUCGCCUACGCAGAGUUCCAGCACGGGCUCCGCUACUGACGACUCUAGCAACGAUUCCACCACGCAGAGCUCGACCGCUGGAUCAACUACCACCACUGGGUCGGCGACGCAGAGCUCGAGCGCGGGAUCGACCGCUCAGACCGGUACCAACUCCUCGACUUCGACCUCGACGGGAAGUAUUCCGGACGGCACGUGGCCGACCAGCACGGGGUCCGUCAAGCUCACGGCGCCGCAAGUCAUCAAGGCCGGCGAGGUCUUUGACGGCAAGAUGCAGACCUUCGACCGCUCUGACAUCACCUGCUCCGACGGUGAGGGCCAGAAGGACACCGCUGUCUUCCUCGUGGAGGCUGGCGGCACCCUCAAGAACGCCAUCAUCGGCAAGAACCAGAAGGAGGGAGUGCACUGUGACGACCACGACUGCACCAUUGAGAACGUCUGGUGGGACGACGUGUGCGAGGACGCGCUAAGCAUUAAGGGCGGCUCUGCUUCCAGUGUGACCACUGUGACGAACUGCGGCGCCAAAUCCGCUUCGGACAAGGUGGUGCAGCACAACGGCCAGGGUACGGUCAACAUCGACGGCUUCUACGCCGAAAACUUCGGCAAGCUCUACCGUUCGUGCGGCACGUGCGGUGACAUCCCUCGCACCGUGACACUGAAGAACGUGUACGCGGUGGACCCGCUGGUGAGCGUUGUCACGGUGAACAAGAACUACGGCGACAAGGCCACCCUGAGCAACAUCCGCGUCAAGACGUCGGACGGCAACAACGACGUGAAGGUGUGCCAGUGGUCGCAGGGCGGCAGCACGCCGUCGAACCUGGGCGACGGACCUUCGGGCACGCUCUGCCAGUACUCGGAGAGCGACGUGCAGAUCAACCAGUAA